ACCACUCGCACCCACACCACACCCAGAAACCCCCUUGGAAUUGGAUUGAGGCAGGCACCCUUUUUUUUUGCCUGUAACAUCACGGUGGGAGGACGCAUCAUGCAUCGGCACUUGGUAUUGGGCACCGAUUCCCUAUCCCCUGCUGCUGCUCCAACUAACCCCCUCUGUUCUAGCCUGCUUUUUUUUCUUUCUCUCUUCCUUUUUGUCCUUUCGUUCACGUUGAUGAGGCAAGGCAGCUCAUACGAAAUUAGCUGAGUAUGUUUUAUGUUUAUAUCACUAGAAGAUACUAGUUGCGUAUGAGCAACCAACAGAGGCUACACAACCUAGACUGAAAUUUAGAACGGAGCACAUGGAAAUCGAGUACUCCUAUCACAAGUCACUCAUGAGUGAGUCGCCUAAUUAAACGCCAUUGCUCCUAAUCCCCUUGCUUAAACGUAAGGCAACGCACGCAACCCUUCCUUUCUCUACCCCCUCUCCGUCUCCUCCCCAGUCCCCCUCCCCCACGCGUCCCGCCACUCCUCUCUCUUCCCUUUCUCUCUCCUACCCGUCGUUAGCCCUCCGUUACACCACCCGCCUCACGCCGUCACGUCAACUUCUGCCACAAAAAGUACGCGCCUCCGCCCAGCCCCCCGCACCCAUGUCCACCGCCGGCGACCCCGCCGGCGCAGCAGCAGCGGCAGCAGCUGCUGCUGCGGCGGCGGCGGCGGCGCCCGCCCCGUCAGGGCGCGCGCCGAGGCUGCCGCGGUGGACCCGGCAGGAGAUACUGGUGCUCAUCGAGGGCAAGCGCAUGGUGGAGGGCCGCGGCGGGCGCGCUGGGAGGGGCCGCCUGGCGGCAGCGGCGGCGGCGGCCGCCGCCGCAGCGUCGGGGGAGGCCUCGGCAACGGCGGCGGCGGCGGCGGCGCUAGAGCCCAAGUGGGCCGCGGUGGCGGAGUACUGCCGGCGCCACGGCGUCGAGCGGGGCCCCGUGCAGUGCCGCAAGCGCUGGAGCAACCUCGCCGGCGACUACAAGAAGAUCAAGGAGUGGGAGCGGGCCGCGCCGGCCGAGCGCGACCCGUCCUUCUGGGCCAUGCGCAACGACGCGCGCCGGGAGCGCCGCCUCCCGGGCUUCUUCGACCGCGAGGUGUACGACAUACUCGAGGGCCGGGCCCGCCCAGUCCUCGACGACCGCGCCGCCCGGAAUGCCGCUGCGGCGGAAGAGGCUGUGGCUGUGGCGGUGGCGGUGCACGUCGAGGAGGAGGACAGGGAGGCGGAGGUCCCCGAGGCCGUCUUUGACAGUGGCCGCCCGGCCACGGAGGAGGCCUUGUUCUCGGAGGAUGAGGAGGAGGAGGAGGUAGAGGACGCACCGGCGGUGGCUCCUCCUCCCCCUGCACCAUCGGUUGUCGCCGUGCCUGUAUCUGAGAAACCCGAGGCAUCAAGGCACCAACAGAGCGCUGAACAAGGCACAUCGAAAGACACACAGCCUGAGCAAAGCUCUGAGAGGGACGCACCGGCUGAGCAGGGUGGACAGAAGAGACCGCGGACCGACGAAGCGGCUGGAGAAGGAGAAGGCACAGCAUACCUGCAGAGCAAGCUGAUCGAGAUCCUAGACCGGAACAGCCGGUUGGUGGCCGCACAGUUGGAGGCGCAGAACCAGAACUGCGAGCUCGACAGGGAGCAAAGGAACGACCAGGCCAACAGCCUAGUUCUCGUGCUCGGCAGGCUGGCCGACGCCCUUGGCAGGAUCGCCGACAAGCUAUAGAACAUUCAGUCACCUAGGUGUAUAUGUGUUGACGGAAAUAAUUACAGCAGGAAGAUGACAUUUGUAAGUGCAUGUACAGAUUGGUGUAGGGCUACUGGCAUUCGAUUCUUUUUUGGGCCGGUUCUGGAAAUUCUGUAUUGUGGGGGGUGGUGUUAUGUAGGAAGGGGUCAGGUUUGUAGCACUCAAAUGAUAUUCAGUUGUGUGGCUGCUGUAGAUUCUGAGGCUGUGUUAUUGUUAAUUGUUAUACAGGGACGCGAGUAAUUAUUCUCAGCAAUGCAAUUGUCUAUAGUUGAGCUUUUUUGUGA